UUCAGUUCUUUCAUCUUCACCCACAAUAAUCAGCAGCCAUCAAGUCGCCUUUUCAAAUACCCAUAUCGUUAAUCUAAGGAGCAUCUUUCUUCGGAUUCGUUUUCGUCAACCUCAACAUACGUAACAACAAUCGCACCUGGCUAGGUCGUUAUAUCAAUAUCGUGACUAGAAUCUCUUAAAAAACGUCCUAACUCGAGCUCGUCGAUUUCUCACCUCACGCGCGGCUCGUGCUUCUUUUUCUCUUUUGUCGCCUUUUCCGCUGUCGACAUUCGAGCAGGAGGAAGGAGCGAAUAUCAUUCACUAUCAAAUACUUCGUAGCAAAUAAAAAGAAACAUACUAUUGUUGAUGAAUAAAGAACUGGUAUGACAUUAGAAUAAAAAGAAGGGGGCAGACUGGCCUCUCCUCCCAAACUUAAAUUUAUAUUUAUACAUAGAUUUUCUUUUCCGCUUAUGAUUCCCCCGCACCCGAAAUUCAUACUUACUGAAACCUGCUGAUUAUUACUAUUACAACGAAUGCUCCGUAACUUGUGUCAUCAACUACAGCUGCACAUCUUCAGCAAUAUUUGAACAUGCCAUCUUCCCGCAUGCUCAGCAGCUCUGCCGCUGAAAGCGCAAAGCCGUACACGUUGUAUGGCCUUUGCGUCUCGCCACCGAAGCGUUUGCCUCGCGAAGCGUCUGGUGAAGGUGUCGGGGAAGCUUCUUCUACUCGACCUGCAGCCCACAACGAUCCGACUCAAACGGCACAUUCUGACCAUGAUGAUCAAGAGCCUCAAAAGUACGGGCCACAAAAAGAGCGGAUUGACUUGAAGCAACGACCACAGGAAGAACGAGAAGAGGGUAAGCCUGACGCCGCCGAUGAAAAAGAAGCGCCUCAGCUCGUUCACAAAACAUGCUCGAUCUGCCGUGACAACAACCCUGCUUUGAUUCGUCAGGUUCUUCGGGAACGCGGCUAUACGGUUGUGGAAUCUUCAACGGAAAGCGACGACGAUGAAAAUGCUGUCCAUUUUCAAUGGGCCCAGACCGCAGUUGCUGUUGACUUCACGAAGUUUCAGAAAAAUCAUGUGAAAGUGAUGAACAAAAACGACAAUGUCAACGGGACCCACCCAAACUCCACAGGACUUCUAGAGCGCUUUUUUACGACUAACCGUUUCGUGAACCAGCUGCACGGUGUGAAGAUUACCACGAAAGAGGGCAUGCUUUCAGCGAUCGAACGUCAGCACAUGUGGCCACCAUGGUUUUUCCCGACGUUCGAGGCCGCUGAUCUUUUAAAGAAGUGCGGCACGUCUUCAUCAAACAAGCACAACAACAAGAGGAGUGAUGAGAUUCAGCAGCUCCUCCAAGCACCGCACCCAUGGAUCUACAAGACGCAGACAAGGAAUCGCGGCCAGGGCAUUGAGCUUUUCCCAACACUCAGUGAAUUAGUAUGUCACUUGAAGGGCAAGAAAAAAGCUGCCGGCGCUUCAUCGAAUUCUAGUACUACAAGAGGACCUGCAUCCGGAGCUAACACUUCUUCAUCUAAAGCCGUUGGUGGUGUAGUGCAGAGAUAUCUGGAACGCCCCUUGCUUGUUGACGGAACGCGGAAGUUUGACGUCCGUGUCUUCUUUCUUGUGGCGCGUGUUCGGCCGUUUCUCGCAUUCAUAGCUUCCCCGGGCAAAGGUUUCGCGUAUUGCAAAUGCUGCGCGUUGCCUUUCAAACAGGUAGCUGCUGUAGACCAAGCGACAGCGGUCACGAAGACUCAUCAUGAAGAACAUACAUCAAGAUCGGAAAGGGAGCAUCAAGCAUCUCCAGAAAGCCAUUCUGGUGCCAGAACAAGUAAAUUGGAGUUCCUAGCGACGCACAUCACGAAUCAGGGAAUCCAGCGUGAGUUCCUCGGUGACUCAGAUUAUAAGCAGCGUGAGCACGACAUGGUCUUGCCACUUCCAGAGGUUUUGGGAGGUGAAGGUGCAAACCAGAUGGGGGAUUUCAGUAAGCAGACGAAGGACAUUCUGCGGACGCUUUGUGCUGUGAUUCAGCAGCAGGCGGCGACUUACGUUGGUACCUUCCAGCUCUUCGGUUGUGACGUGGUGCUGGACGAAGAGGGCAAGGUUUUUUUGCUAGAGGUGAACCGGAACCCAGCUCUCCAUACGAACUGUGCUACUCUGCGAGACAUGCUGCCUAGACUCGUACGCGAAACUGUCCGACUUGUCGAGGGAGCGCAUGCAAGAAACGUCGCAGACUCUAGUACUUCUUCAGCAUCUACAUUCCCAGUGUUGAAAAGCGAUGUGUUCGAUGUUGUCUACGACGAGGAGCAAGAGCAGGCAGAGGCACAGGUGACUCCACUUGGAAGUUCCUGUUCGGCGCGAAAACACGACCAGAAGCAGAACACGGCCAUAAUAUCAGACGUGGACAAUGUUCUUGACGAACAGAAUUUGUCGCACCCGAGAAGCUGCUCACAGCAACAUCCUAGGCCUCAAGAAGAUGGCGUUAUCGAAGACAAACCAGUUUUAGCGGUUAAUGUACCACCAGCCAGAGCAAGCUAUACAACGCAACCAAAUCUUCUUCUUCACGAGAGAGAUCGACUAGUUGUACUGGCGGCGACAAAACGAGAAUGCAGCAAGGACGGACGAGAAGAGUUUGGUCGUUCAUCUCCGCUCCAUGCUCAUCAACAUGACACGAGCGCUCUUGGUGAACCGUCGAUUCUAAUUAGCCUUAACGCAAGCAAGAGAAUCUCGGAAAUAUCAAUCGAUGGUCGAGAGUUUCAGCAACAGCUCGAGGGCGAAGUCGAACGUCACAACACUUCGGUCAUUGCAGAGAAAGCAGAAACAUGCAAAGCCCAGCAGAGUUCUGGGCGUGGACGGCCUGCAAUUGUACCAAAGCUAAAUGUCCCUGCAGCUGCUGGAGGUGGUGGGCGGGUUUCAUCCACUGUUGAACAGCACGCGCCAGGUGUGGGUACUGCGCGCAGUUCGAUCGUUUCAAUGCGUGGCAGGGCGCCGAAGAGAAGUAUCGCAGAGUUGUCAACUACAUAUCAUACAAGACUCGGUGGAGCUGGAGCUGCAGCUGUCCCAGGAGGGCGGAUGUCUGCACCAGGAGGAGGAGGUUCUCUCGGAGGCCCGGUAGUGGAUUGUGUGUCCCGUUCCUGUCAUCUUGCCAGCGACGUGGAUUUCAAGCAGCGCGAGCAGGAGUACAUCAAGAAUACUGCACGUCGUUGUCGCAGUGGGAGCAGCCCAGGCGCGCUGGUCACUAUCGAGGAUAUGUAUUUGAAACGGCGGAUCUCAAAAUUACAGCCGACUCCUGUUCCUGAGGCACCAGAUGACUAUCCGCAUGGUGCUUCUGGUGACAUAACGCAGCUUCUGCACCAUGAGGAUCCCUGCAUUCCUCGGCUACAGGCUUCGCCUCCCUUUGCUGCCACAGGAGACUCUUUCUCGUGCAAGACGCUUCGCAAUACAGAGGAUGAGCCAGUCGCUUUAUUAGCCUCGCCUGCUGCACUAUUCGGUCUUCCCACAGGAGGUACUGCUCACCACAGUGAGCACUCUGCAAGGACUGCACUCGCAAAAGUCUGCAGCCAGAAAAUCGUUCCAGGUUCGUCGCGUCCUCGCGGCCAGCCCUUGCCCACUCAGCAGCAAAUUAAUAGCAACUUGCCGCUUGCGGGGAGGAGCAGCGCAGCGAGCUGUGCUAGCACGUUGAUAACAACGGCAAGAGGACAGAACAGAAUAAAAGCGGGGGCAUCUUCAACGGGAGAUCAGCAGCAUGCUCCGAUGCAGCGACCUCCGCCCAUCGUCGGCAUUGCUGAGCAGAUCGAGGAUGUGAAACGCGCGAUGGCUAAAGCACAAGAGGAUGCGAGUGAAGCGGCUGCGUCAGCGGAGGACAUUCUAACUGCAAAGAGAGCACUCGGACAGCUGGCAACGAUUCUUAGGCAACUAGAACGGGAACUAGCAGAGGAGCGCUUUCGCGUCGAGGAACGGCAGAUGCGAAAGGAAUUCCAAGAAGUAGCGAGAAAGAAACUGGAUGCCAACCCGUCUGCAUCACCACCCUCGAAUCGAAUCCUCAACAUGCGUGGAACAAGUCGGAGGCUGCAACCACCACCAACGUCGUCCUCUGUUGUUGGACAGCAUCAACAACUCGUGGGCGAGGGUUUAUUUGCUCGUCCUAACCAAGUUGGCACUUGUGCAAACGGGAGUGCGACAGGACCGGGGGGCCCGGUCUUCCCUCAUCGAGAGACUCACGCGUCACAUCGUCCUGACGUAGCUCGAGCAAAAGGCGGUUUAGAAGCAAGCGGAAUUUCUUCAUCGGUCGCGCAUCCGACUAGGAGUAGCAGUGCUGCCAGUGGUCCAAGAUCAUCCUUUAGCCAGAAGGCGUUCUGUGAACGAUGGCGGCGAAAAGAAGUCAGGGAAAGAUUGAGCGCCACUAGGAUUCCCCAGAUCAUGGAAGAGUUUCCGCAUUUGAAAUUGGAAUUUAACGCCCUGCUGGACUGGGCAUUCACCAGCACGGUCAGCCCUCCUGCGAAGCGGCUCACAUCCUGGAUCGCGCGCGCAGCUCUUGCUAGAGCAAAACGAAGAGAACAACGGAAACGACAAAAUUCAGAUGUUGCUGCCAACAUCAACAACAAACACGACGAGAACGUCAUCCCUCGCGAACAAGAAACUUCAUCAGUAUUUUUGCCAAUUCCUCAACCUGCAGUUGAAGAGCACGAGCACCAGAUUGAUGGCGACGAACAAGACGAUGUGGAGGAAACAGAAGAAUCCAAACUGAAUCGGCCACCUCUCCCGCACGACUUAGUGUCCGAUUUUCGACGCCUCACUUGGCUAGCAGAGUUAUUGUUUAGACGGGGACGAUCUGAAGGUGAAACUUCCUGUCGUGCUCUGCUUGGGCUUCGUGACGUUUCGUCGUGUCUCUACGUCUUUGGGGACCCAGCAACUACACGUGAUUCUGACAAAAAUAGUGUUUGGAGCUGGUCCCUAGGUGACUACGUAUAUGAGGGAGACCAUCAAUUGUAUGCGCUUGCAUCGCAGUCAGCAGGGCAUUGGGCGGAUAUGCGGCCGGGAGAUCUUGUUUUUUCCGAGAGUGCGCCAUCAGAGGGAGCUUGCAAGAGUAGAAUGCAAGUUGGAGUUUACCUUGGACCUCACAGGGAAACGAUCAGCUGCAGUACUUCUAAGAAUAAGUUUGAAGUGCUUUCCAGUUUCGACGAACUCGAAUCACACUCAACAACGGGAACCAGGAUCGAAUGCCAACAUCAUUUUCGCAGUCUGGAACCUUGGCUCGGUGAGACGGGACCUACAGCGACGCCGGUACUCGCUACCAACAAUCUGCUGGCGCCGCCUCAACAACUUGAGCAGUUCGGCAUUGAAGGUGGGGGAAUGCAAGAAGAGGUCUUCCGGAUGAAUGAAGAAAUAGGCCAAAUAAGGACUCCACGUUCUCUGGAAAAAAGGACGCUAAAUCUAGUCGAAGAUUUGAGUAGUGACGAAAAAAUGUACUUCUAAGGACUGACUUACUUCUCAUUGAGAAAUGUCGUGCCAGAAUCGAGAAUAGGAGUAUAUCGCAUGGGAAGCGCUCUAGCAUCCUGUACCUAUACUAAUACCAUUUAGCUAUACUUGUAGGGAUGAUGAUGAUCCAAUGCAUAUUAGUAGAUCGAGUUCCUUGUUAUUUUGUCUCGCGGAUUGCAAAGUUUGGAACAGCACAUCGCUGAGCUCACGUUCUCUAAUGUACAGAACAAGAACAGUCCUCAUUUUUCGCUUCGGCGAUUCUACUUCUUGACAUACCAGCAUUCUACUUCUUCACUAUUACCUUGUGCUUUUUUUCUUCUCCCCUUUCCCUUAAGUCUGGAACUAUGAAUCAAUAGUACCUAAAGCUGAGCCUGUUUUUGCUGCAUUUCCUGUGAAGUCGUCGCGGGAGCAGGUCCGCAGAUCGAGCUCGAGCAGGAGCAAUCAUAAAUCUGCACAGAGAUGGAACUACAUUAUGAUAGACGUCAGAACCAACAAAUACAAAGCUGUAUCGUCAAGAGCACAUGGUGAUGUCGGGUUCACAGAGCAAC